GUCUGGGCUUAGCGUCGAGCGCGUACGUUGCGCUAGCAUAUAGCCCUACCAACAAAAGAACUUUCGAACACGGUACCAAAUUACGUUCAUUGACUUGUGUGUUGUGUAUUUACGUUCCAUUUUCGAAAACGGUCUAAGUUUUGACAACGAAUUUUUUUUUUUUAUUAAUCAUCGAGGAAAAGUUUUCAUUUGCAAUUCUUUUUUUGAAUCUCCACCGAGGGACACGUAAAUUAAAGAAUUGAUAGCCGAUUAGUGUCGCUCGAUAAGAUAAUAAUUUACGGCAAAGAACAUCGCAUUCGUGUCGUGUACGUGUUAUGUGAUUGAUCGUCGACAUAAAUUAACGUUUCAAUAGAUAUAUUGUGUUAAUUAUAUUACGGAAAGUUUUCCACUCUGUGCUUCUUGCCGCACGGAACUUUGGAUUUUGGCAUUUAAAGAUAUAACAACAACAAAAUGCAGCGGCAAAACCAUAUCUCACCGCAAUAACAGCCCGCCAAAAUGUCGACACACAUCAGAAAAAGGCUACUACGGUGACUACCCACAGUGAUGGCGUUGCUCACGAAUUCUUCAGCCACGGGGCCCACAACAGGGCCCGCGGCGCCUCAGGCCCACCACUCGACCACGCCGCUGCAUCAUUACUUCCAUUAUUUGAAACAACCAUCGCCGCUCGCGCAAAAUCCUUAUGCGCACCACUCUAGUGCACACCAUAUGGGAAUGGGGCCGGGCCCUUUAGGGGGCCUCGGUCCGUUCGGGCUGACGCACCACGGAUUAGAGGCAGUGGGGUUUCCACAAGGAGUGAAUCCUAGAAAACAAAGGCGGGAGCGGACUACGUUCACCCGUGCUCAGCUAGAUGUCCUGGAAGCCUUAUUCGGGAAGACCAGGUAUCCUGAUAUCUUCAUGAGGGAAGAAGUGGCGCUGAAAAUCAAUCUACCAGAAUCCAGAGUACAGGUCUGGUUCAAAAACCGAAGAGCGAAAUGCAGACAGCAACUGCAACAGCAAACGAACACUCAGAUCUCUAGCAAAUCAUCAACAUCGAAAACCUCUUCGAUAUCAAGCAGCAACCUCAAAAGCUCUUCCAGCAAUUCCUCAACUUCAUCAAAAAUAACCACUUCUAAAUCCUUAUCCACAUCAACUAGCCUAACGACCACACAAAACUCAUCUAUUAUAACCACAUCGUCCCCUAACCUACCGAUCACACCUACGACGUCUGUCAGUCCACCGAUAAACGUCAUUUGCAAAAAAGAAUCGGCACCAUCCAACUACGAAUCCUCCCCUUUAAAUAAAAACAAUAGUCUAACAUCAAUCUCCCAUCAUUACAACUCAAACGAUGCGUUAAGACUGAGCGGGAAAGAGUCUUCACCCUCUGAUACAAUAUCAAACGUUCACGGAUACGGAGUGACGCCAAAGCAGGAGUUGUACAACAGUCCAAAGAGGCUGGACUACUCGAGCAAACUGGACUACACCGAGAAGUCUUUCGGUAGUAGCUUAGUCAAAGACCAGUACAGCUCGAGGCUGACCGGCAAUCUGACACCCCUCGGAUCGAAUUCCUCUAUUAUGACCACUCCCUCCCCUCCUAUUACACCUCAGAGCUUGAAUGGUCCGGGUAACGUGUACCAUCCGGACAGUUACAACAGUUUCCAUUGGCCGGGCAGUUCCGAUUAUAUAAGAAGCUAUUCCACGUCGCACCACCAUCAAGGAUACGGGCAGAGUGCUUAUAACUCACCUUAUUAUCCUAGUCAGGCAAGUUACCGUUCAAAUCAAGAGACUAUAAUGGAGUAUUUCAAUGGGUCAUCAGUAAACCAAUCACACAGUAGCCACCACAGUCACAAUUUGACAACCAACGGCAACCAACUAUACAACCAAGUAUCGUUCGGAAACCCAUCACCGCCCGCGGCGUGGCCAUCUCACCACAACAUACUGUCGUCCGGACCUGAAUCCCCAGAGAACCAAUCACAGAAUUCCCCACACUUAUCAAUGCUCCAAGCAUCCCAGAUCACGAACUUUUCAAACUCUGGUAACAGUUACUUCGCCCCAGAAAAGUAUGGGAUUAACAUGGUGUAGUAUAAAUCUAGUCUUUCGUAUUUGUAGGUUGUAAAUAGUUUGUAAAAUAGAGCGAUGGGUCACAUUGUGAACGGUUUACAUUGAAUUAGUUUGUUUUUGAAACGUCUAUCAUGUUUCUGAAUGUUAUAAAAAGCAUAAAAAAGCGCGCCAAAAAUGGCGGACAUUUAUACGGUAAUAACGUUCGGAAAUCAAAGAUGGACACAGAUGUAACAUCGUUAAUAGAUACGCAUUUUUUAUUCCUGUCUCAUUUGUUGAUUGAUAUUUUAUAUCACUUUCGGUUAUUACUCCAGAAAAAAUAUAUCUAUAAGUGAGAGAGUUUUUAAAAAUGCGUUGUUAAAAUACAUAUCAUUUAACAGCAAAGUUUUUACAAAACAAUCUGGUUAAUUGUAAAUCGUGCAUUCUAUGAAGCAACGAGGAAUCGUAAUGAGUAAAUUAAUCUUUUGGGCAAGAGUUAAGGUCAUACUGUGAUUCUUCAUAGACAAUACUGUUUAUUUUUUCAAUUUAUCUCUGUACUAUAAAGUUAUAAUACCAUGAUCUUAUUCUAAAUUCAAAAACACAUGAUGUAACAUACCAUGUAUGAUAUUAAAACUUGCUAAACUUUUUAAUUUACCCUAAACUUUUAAUUUUAUUAAAUAAAAGCUGCAUUUAAUACAGGUGACGUUUACUUCAACGACUUUCAAGGAAAUUAUCAACGAAAACUUAUUUAUUAAAAUAUAAAGAGGCCUAAAUAACGUAACUAUUUCUUAAUGUUGUGUUGCUAUAUCUUUAAAGAACUUACGAAGUUUUAUUAAGUAAAUGUAUAGAGAUUUCCUUUCUAUAUUUGCUCCCUAAAACCCUUUGUAAAAAGAUACCAUGAGUCAUAUCACUUAUAUUUAAAAAGAAAUAAAAGUAAGGCUAUGCUUAGUGAUGAAAUUUGUUAAAAUACAGCGCUAAUAAUACCAUAGUUUUAUUAUUGUAUAUAAUUAUCUAUGUGUUUUUAAGAAGUUUUUUAUUUUAAAUGAACAAUUUGUAAAUGUGAGUGUUCCGAAUGUAUAUGUGAUUAUAUUGAAUAUAAUUAUUAGUCUGUAAGUUUCCGGAAUAAACAAAUUCUUUCGUCUAAACUUAAAAAUAUGCAGCAUAAUGUUUUUCAUUUUGGUAUUCGUUUCAUAUUUGGAAUGACAUUAGAAGACAUUUUCAGCUCACAACAGCCUAAUAUUCCAAUUUCAAAAUAAAUUAUAAUUUAAAGGUGUCUUGAAAUUGUGUGGUUAAUUUUUGUUUAUAAUUAUUAUUUAUUUAAAUUAUACAUACUGUUUAAAUGAAUUGGAAAAAAAUAUAAAACUCUUUGACGUUUCAUUCAACACGAAAUGUGAAAAAAGCCAGUGUAAUAAAAAUAAACAUUACAAAACUUAAAGAGAUUAUUAGUUAAUUUAUAUUUUAUUUUAUAAGACCUAGUAUUUAAAUGUAAUGAAAUUUGUAAUUUAUAGUAAAUUUUAAGCUUGAACAUAGGUAGCUAAGUUAGUUUUAAGUAUACUAAGUACUCUAAUGUACGGUAUUCGAUGAAGAGUCAGUGUAUUUUUUUUAAUUUAAGUUGUAUUAAUUCUUGAUAGCUAUUGAAAUAUUGAAUCCGAAUAUAUGCAUAUAAAAUACAAACAUA